AUUGUUUGAAUAAUCAGGAUGGGCAUGGAAAUUGAAUCUUGCGCCGGUCACAAGGGAGACAGAGGAAAGAAGCUGACCAAAUUACCCAAAAAGAUCUGCAAGAGGAAACAUGUGCCCAAGAGGAAGUUUGUCAAGGACGUAGUUGUCGAGGUAAUGGGCUACACUCCUUACGAGAGACGAGCGAUGGAGUUGUUGAGGAAUCAGAGAGACAAAAGGGCACUCAAGUACAUCAAGCAGAGACUAGGAUCCCUCCAGCUGGCCAAGAAAAAGAGGGAGGAACUGGGAGCUGUCAUCAUGCAGUCCAGAACAUAAAGAGAACAACACAUUAGAAGUCUCAUCACUCGGGACUGUAAAAGAAAGAAAGCUGUUAGACUGAAUUUAAAUUGAACUGACUCAUCAUUUUUUAAGUUAUCAAAUUUGAUGAUGAUUGAAUGAUUCACCAGUGUGAAGUGAAUUCAGAUUUUGACGGCA